AUGUUUGGAGGUAAGACUGUUGUGUUUGGAGGUGAUUUUAGGCAAGUUCUGCCAGUAGUUCCUCAUAUAUCAAUGAAAGAAGCAGUUGAAACCAGUAUUGUUACAUCAUAUUUAUGGCCUAAAUUCAUAAGGUUCAGGUUGAUAGAAAAUAUUAGAGCUCGGGAAGAUUUAACAUACUCUGAGUUCUUGCUUGCCUUGGGUAAUGGUGAGCUACAGAAUUCAGAAAAAGCGUAUGUACAGAUUCUAGACCAAGUAGCUCAAUUUUGUGAAUCCGGAAACAAUUUCAUAUCUGAUCUCAUAGAAGCAACGUUCCCUGAAAUGAUGCAAGGUAACCUUGGUACUGAUAGAUUUAUUGAUCGAGCAAUCCUAACACCAUUAAACGAUGAAGUGGAUUCGAUUAAUGCAUUCAUGAUAGAAAAAUUUGAAGGCAGAGCUGUUAUAUACAAGAGUUUUGAUAUCAUGUUGAAUGAUACAUGUAAUAUAUAUCCUACGAAAUUCAUGAAUAGCUUGUGCCCAGGAGGAAUGAGCCCUCAUGAGCUUGUGCUGAAGGAGAACUGUCCGGUAAUUCUUUUAAGGAAUCUUUUACCUUCGUCUGGUUUGUGCAAUGGCACCCGUCUUACUUGUAAGAGGUUUUUCCCAAACGUUAUCCAAUGUGUAAUUGCUACAGGACAGUACAAAGGAGAUCAUGUUUUCAUCCACAGAAUCAAUUUAAGACCAUCUGGUUCUAUGAAUUAUCCUUUCCAAUUUGAAAGGAAACAGUUUCCCAUCAAGUUAAGCUUUACAAUGACAAUAAACAAAUCUCAGGGGCAAACUCUUAAUCAAGUGUCUAUACAUCUUCCACGCCCAUGUUUUUCUCAUGGUCAGCUAUAUGUUGCUUUGUCAAGGGCUAAAAAGGCAGCAGAUGUUGUUGUCUUUUAUGCUAAGCCUCCAGAUCAACACCCUCAAAACACUGUACAAAAUGUAGUGGCUUUUGAAGUGUUGAGUUAUAACUUAGAAGAUAUGGAGGAAUAUAUUCUGCACCUUCUGCUAGGACCUGAGCUAGAUAAAGAUUUGCUUAAUAGUUAA